UCUUCUCAUUCGCAUGCUCGUAGAUGCUGUGGAUCCAAGCUGAGAUGCACUGCGUAUCAAGAAUCUAUUACACGUCGAAGUUACACAUCAUUUUGCAAAUGCACACAGACGACUCGUGAGUCGUGAGCGGACUUUCGAGUGCGUCAUUAGACGCGCUCAAACGUUCGCAACUGUGCACAUUCUCAACGACCUCGAUGAUGAAGAAGCAGUGCUUAAAAAAGCUGGUCGGCCAUCAUCAAGGCGGACUCUCGAAAAUUCGCGACCGACAGGGAUGAAAAAAACGUACGAAAUACGUGUGCCUCGAGCGGGACACGGGUGUCUCGUCUGGGGAUUCGACACCGUAAUCGCGUGGGGAAAUAAACGACCAAACGAUGAUGAUGGAACACAAACAAACGAUACUGCUGGCACCCUCACUCAGCAACAGCAGUUGUUGGCGAAGCGGCACAUCCGAUGCCGCUUGGACAGGUCCAGGUCCUGGAGAGCUGAUACGAGCUGCUCUGAUAUUGCUACUCAGUCUUGGUAUCCUAUGCGCCAAUCUACUGGUGAUAUGUGUUAUCAAUAGCAGACAGUACAGCAAAUAUAUACAUGCUCAGCCCAGAUAUUUGCUGACGAGCUUAGCAAGUAACGAUCUAGCGAUUGGUCUUUUAGUGACGCCUUUCGGUUUCUUACCAGCUGUUUACGGAUGUUGGCCGUACGGUGAAGUGGUCUGUCAAAUUCAGGCACUCCUUAGGGGCGCUUUGACUCAACAGAGCGCUGUUAUCCUCGUCUGCAUGGCAAUCGACCGUUAUGUUUGCAUGCUGCACCCUCAUCGCUAUCACAAGCACUCUUCUAAAAGGUAUUACAUGCGGCAGGGCUGUGUGGCGGUGAUGUCGACCACUUGGAUAGCGAGCGUGGCAAUUUUCGGGGUUCUGGUACUCCCCAGAGGCGGUUACUACUUCAACGGGUCUGGCCUUCUCGCCUGCGACCCCUUCUUCGCUAGAGCAUCCCUUAGGAUCCUAGCGUGUUGCUGUUUUUAUUUCCCAACGACGAUGGUGCUGAUGUACUGUUACGGCUCGGCUUUCCACGUUAACAAACUACGCUUGAAAAGAGUAGUCUGUGUUAACACGCCGGAGGUCGUUAGUGGCGGCCACAUAGAAAGGCUUGUCGCCCAUGAGAGACGAUUGUCGACCUCAGCUUCGCGAACAAUGGCUGCAAUGAGUUUAGGUUUCAUCGUUAUGGUCACGCCAUGGACGAUUCAGGAAGUCGUUGCAGCCUGCACCGGAAGUAAGCCGCCGCCAUUUCUCGACUUCCUGGCCACGUGGCUGGCUCUUUCUAACAGCUUCUGGAAUCCUUUCCUUUAUUGGCUGCUCAAUAAUCAUUUCCGCCGAAUUUCGAGAGAGUUUCUCUAUACUAAGAUUCUGUGCAGAUCUAAGCCGUUAGGAACAAAACAACACUGCUGCUCGACUAGCACCGGUGGCUUAGAUGUUUGCAGCAUUGCAGGUAUCGACUUAUCAGGUUUGGAGCGUUGCUCAAUGGAACGAUGCUCAAUGGCGCGUUGUUCCUCGUUAUCAUUAGCGAAUACACCGCCGCUCCCUUGGGAAACCGGACAUGUAACACAUGGUGACGUAGCAUCCACGUGAGCCACAGAUGCCGCCACGCAGACGGAGGAUUUCGGAUCCCCGGACGACGCCAGUUAGUAC